AACAGAAUGGACGAUGACCAGCCCAAAACCCUGUACGUGGGUAAUCUGUCGCGGGAUGUGACAGAAGCCCUCGUCCUGGAGUUGUUCGGACAGAUCGGACCCUGCAAGAGCUGCAAAAUGAUCGUAGAUACGGCGGGUCACGAUCCCUACUGCUUUGUGGAAUUCUAUGAGCAUAGACACGCCAUGGCCACCAUUGCAGCCAUGAAUGGUCGGAAAAUUCUGGGUAAGGAAGUCAAGGUCAACUGGGCCACCACGCCGACCAGCCAAAAGAAGGACACAAGCAGUCACUUCCAUGUUUUUGUCGGCGAUCUAAGUCCUGAGAUCACCACGGAAGACAUCAAGGCGGCUUUCGGUCCCUUUGGGAAAAUAUCUGAUUGUCGGGUGGUGAAGGACAUGGCUACUGGCAAAUCCAAAGGCUAUGGCUUUGUGUCCUUCUUCAACAAAUGGGACGCGGAGAACGCUAUCCAGCAGAUGGGAGGCCAGUGGCUGGGAGGAAGGCAGAUCCGGACCAACUGGGCCACGCGGAAGCCCACGCCUAAAUCCACCAAUGAAACAAACACCACAAAGCAGCUGUCAUUUGAUGAGGUGGUGAACCAGUCCAGCCCCAGUAACUGCACCGUAUACUGCGGAGGACUCACGGCAGGUCUCACAGAGCAAAUUAUGAGACAGACCUUCUCGCCAUUUGGACAAAUCAUGGAAAUCCGUGUUUUUCCGGACAAAGGCUAUUCGUUCGUGAGGUUCAACUCUCACGAGGCGGCCGCCCACGCCAUCGUCUCUGUCAACGGCACGUCGGUGGAGGGCUUUGUGGUCAAGUGCUACUGGGGGAAAGAGACCACAGACUUGGUCAGCCCCAUACAACAGGUCCAGAUGCCGCAGAGCACAGUGAGCUUCGCGGCGCAGCCCUAUAGCCAGUGGGGGCAGUGGUACGGCAACACGCAGCAGAUCGGCCAGUACGUGCCCAACGGGUGGCAAGUGCCCAGCUACAGCGUCUAUGGACAGAGCUGGGAUCAGCAGUGCUACAAUCCUCUUCCUUCUGGCGCCGGAUGGACCGGCGUGGGCACGGUGACCAACGGCGGCAUGGUAGAACCCGGCCAAGGAGUCAACGGAACCAUGCUCGCCAACCAGGCCGGCUUCCACACCCACUGA